UGCUUGUCACCAUGGCGACAGAAUUAUUAUUUUUUUAAAUGAAAACAAAAUAAAGGCACAAAGGCCUAAAGGCCAGAACCGCUUUGAUUCAAAGCCAUAAUGUUGACCAGAGUUUAUAUGGGUGAGUCAGAAACAGUCGGUCGUUGACACACUUGUAGACAGACACAGAGAAGUAGAAGUCUCCAACUGCAAACAUACUUGUUAGUUAUUAUUAAGAUUAUUGAUACUAAUAACAUUAUGGGAAGAAAGAACAACAAAACACCUAGUCGUAUGGCGAUUAGUGAGAACCAGACACACAAACCACUUGCUGAAGCUGCUUCAGGCCAUUGUUGUGAAACAAUGGUGGACGACCUUCAGACAACUAAAACCAAGGCAUCUCAAGCUCCCAGGGGAGCUUCAACCAACCAAAGGCCCAAGAAAAUCUGGCAUCAGGGCAAUGGAUCAGAGAUGUUUGAAGCAAGUCAAAAGUAUGUACCAAGAGGAGAAAGGAGACAGAGGGCAGAGACAACACCCAAUCAUGGCAGAGCCACUGGUAAUGAAAUCAACAGGGAGAGCUCUCAAGCUGCUAACAACUGGGGAAAGAGCGGUGGAAGGAGAGGCAAUGGACCCCGACCUGAUAGGGAGGGUCCAAAACACCACAAAGCACAAACUGAAGCAACACAAGCUUCACAAGAGAAAGCAAAGCCCGAGUUUGUGCUUGCUCCUAUACCAACAGAAAAUCCCUGCUUUAAGACAACUGCAAAAUCACAGCAAGACAGUCCCUCCAGACAGGCUACUGAAGUUACAUAUGACAGUCAAAACUGGUGGAAACCUCCACCAGAAACUCAAGUGUAUCUUCAGAGCCCACCCAAAGAACAGAGACUACCGAGACGCCUUCCAAGAACGGCAGGUGACCGCAAUACUCCAGCGAAACCUGGUGAAGUGAAACCAGCCCCAAAGCCCAACAAAGAUGGAGGCUGUUCAAGUUUCACUGUAGAGACUGUAGAAACUCAAAAUUGUGGCAGGAGCAGCAAACAAACUUUAAGAUUGCAAGCUCUCCUGAUCCAUCAGGAGUCUCACAACACCGGUCCCAGGGUGGUCCAAGAGGAAGCACAAAAAACUGACCCUGAAAACACCAAACAAAGUGAUCGGUUCUAUGGUGAAAUACCAGACGAACCGGACGAGGUCAUCACAAGACCACCAGGAGCAGGCAACAAACGACGAAAAAAGAAGAAAAGCUCCAGGGCCGGAUUUCACUUUUUUUGUUUUGGUGAUGAACCAGAAGGCGGUGGAUUUUACCUAAACUAAACUAUUUUGUCUGUAUUUUAGAUUAGACCUGUGCUUCCCACAGUGGGUUUUGUGAACAACCUUUGGGGCCCCCAGCAAUGCCUCUGAGGCCCCCAGGGCCCCCCCAAAGGCCAUUUACAAGACAAGCAUGCU